CUCCGGUGCGGUGUGAGGUGAAUGCCUGUGGAGAAAGUGGGAGCAACGCAUCGCGUCUCACACACACUUUCUCCACCUGCACCCGUAGGAAGAAGGCUCAUUUAGCUCCAGCCCUUCUUCGUGUGUGGAGAGGUGAGGGAAAGGUGAGAAUGGUUCUUCCAGUAGUCGACUCAAACCCAAACCAACAACGCUGCUCCUGCUACGAAAUUUGCCAUCAACUGGCUGAACUGGCUGCACCAACUCAGUAAAAAAGUCGACGAGGAACAAAGAAACAAAAAGUGGACGGAUACAUGUUUUAGCUCAGUCGUACUUAGGCUGCGUGCGUGAACAUUCUCGCUCGAGGCAGUGUCCUGAGUAUGUAUCUGUAGAGAGGAGAUUCAGUUGCAUGUUGCCAGUGGAGAAAGGAGAGACUCCACAAAAGCACCACCAACUAGCAUCACCAUCACCACCAGAUUUAAAAAAGUGUACAGUUAUUAUUAAAACUGCUCUGUUGCACACAUAAGACAAGUAUGUAGCAGUGGUAGUAAGUAGUAGUUGGUGUUGUUAUUGAGGGGGAUGUAGGUAGCGCAUCUCCCAUCUAAAUGAAAAGGGUUGUUUUGAACUGUUUGAACACACGACGACUGAAUUUCUGUACAUGGAAUCGUCAACAGCACAAACACAAGUUGUAGUCUCAGGUGGGAGAAAGUAAAAAUAAAGCUUUGACCGUCGUUGUCGUUGUCGUCGUCGUCCUAGAGGUUUCUCGCCGUCCGAAAAAUUUGAACACUUAAUCAGCAUAAUUAUGUUGCGGGAUUGUUUGUAGUGCACGUAGUUGGGCGGCUGAAUGAAUUUGGUGGAUUGUUGUUGGUGGAAUUUCUAGCCGUAGCUCCGCCGUCGCCAUCAACCAUACCUUGUGUUUGUACCCAUAAGCGAUGGGACCUUCGUCGCUACGUCAUGAGGGUGGCAGUAGGGCUAAGAAAAGGACGAUACACGCUGAAAAUGGUUCAUGUUUCAACAAACGGCGGAUCAAUACAUGGACCACUGCUGCUGCUACUACUACGAGAUUACCCAUCAGUAUUUGUGGAGUUUUAGUGAUUUUCGUAAUUCUUGUCUCGUGCCAAUUACGAAUAGUGGAGACUAGUAGCAUCAACGUUAACAAUUUGAAUCGAGACUUUGACCGUGUGGCCACCGCUGCUGGUGGUGGUGAACAGGAUGGUGAGGUGGCUGAGGAAACAGACUCCUUCGACGACGAUAAUGAUGAUUUACAACUAAACUUGAUUGGGAAUGGAGCCGGGUUAGAAGAACAAGAUCAAGACCGACAGCAUUACACACACCAAUGGGCAGUCCACAUUGUUGGUGGAAAAUCCGUGGCUGACAGAAUCGCCCGAAAACACGGGUUCAUUAAUGGUGGAGAGAUUUUUCCCGACUAUUAUCACCUUGUUCACAGAAAAGUUGCCAAAAGAUCGCUGGACGCUCAUGCACAAGUUCAUGGGCGCCUUAUAAGAGAACCUACGGUACGGUGGGCUGAACAACAAAAAGUAAAGCGACGGUCGAAACGUGACUUUCUCCAGCUUUCCCUACCAACAGGAUCAGGAGGACGUGGAGGAGGAGAACGUGGCAAAUCUAGAUCUGCCAGACGGUCAAAGACUUUCAACUUUAACGACCCGAGGUGGAUUGGUCAAUGGUAUCUGAAUCGUGGAGCUGGAUUGGACAUGAACGUGAUAGAAGCAUGGAAUGAAGGAAUUACCGGAAAAGGGAUUGUGGUCACAAUUUUGGAUGACGGAUUAGAACAUGAUCACCCAGACAUUAAAAGCAACUUUGACCCCAUGGCCAGUUUUGAUGUCAAUAGUUUGGACAUGGACCCAAUGCCAACAUACGAUUUAACGGAUAGCAACCGUCAUGGAACGCGUUGUGCUGGAGAAGUUGCUGCAGAAGCCAACAACAGUAUUUGUGCCGUGGGCAUUGCAUUCGAGGCGAAUAUUGGUGGGGUGAGGAUGCUGGAUGGAGAUGUAACGGAUGCCGUGGAAGCUAGAUCUCUUUCACACAAUCCGCAGCAUAUCGACAUUUAUUCCGCUAGUUGGGGCCCAGACGACGACGGCAAAACUGUCGAUGGCCCAGGGGAGUUGGCAACGCGAGCUUUCAUGGAAGGUGUUGCAAAGGGAAGGAAUGGGAAAGGAUCAAUUUUCGUGUGGGCAUCGGGAAACGGAGGUCGAGAUCAUGAUAACUGCAAUUGUGAUGGGUACACAAACUCAAUAUGGACGUUAUCAAUCAGCAGUGCCACAGAAAAUGGAUUGGUUCCUUGGUAUUCCGAAGCGUGUAGCUCAACGCUCGCCACAACUUACAGCUCUGGUGGAACUGGAGAAAAACAGAUAAUUACUAUAGAUUUGCAUCACUCUUGUACUCAAUCGCAUACGGGAACAUCAGCCUCCGCCCCCCUUGCUGCUGGGAUUUGUGCCCUCGCUCUGCAGGCCAACACAAACUUGACGUGGCGUGAUAUGCAGCACAUCGUUGUUCGCACAGCACGUCCUAACAACUUAAUUGCUCCAGACUGGAGCACCAAUGGUGUUGGUCUUAAUGUGAGCCACUCUUUCGGUUACGGGCUGAUGGAUGCUGGUGCAAUGGUGAAGUUGAGUAGAAAAUGGAAACCUGUUCCGGAGCAAAAUAAGUGUGAAAUAAAAGCAAAACAACUUGACAAAAAUAUUCCUGCUAAAAGUAAAGUCACCUUAGAGUUGAAAGUUACCGACUGUCCAGGUGUACGAUUUCUCGAACAUGUUCAGGCAAAAGUAACACUGAUGUCUGGCAGAAGAGGAGAUUUGCAGAUUUACUUAGUGUCACCUUCAGGAACUAGAUCCGUGCUUCUAGCUCACAGACGUCAUGAUCUCAACCGUUCUGGAUUUACGGAUUGGCCUUUUAUGACUGUUCACUCCUGGGGCGAAACUCCACUUGGAAAAUGGACUUUGGAAAUUCAUAACGAGGGACGAUAUACAGAUCAUAAGAAUGGGCGGACGGUGCUUAAGAGAUGGUCGCUUAUAUCGUACGGGACAGAAGAGGACGUCAAUUCUGGAGAUUACAGUUCAUCAGAGACUGACCUGUCUAGGAGUCGAUCCAAACCUGCUUCGUUUCCAAAUUCACCCCAAACUCCUGCUUUCUCCUUUCCCUUAAAUUUCUCUUCCAGCGACACGCAAAAGUUUCCCACCAAGAAUAUCAUAACUAAAACUACCUCGGCAAACAAGGAACUGGAUGGACUUCAGACAAGCGAUAGUGGUCAUACUUACAGUUCCAAUGUUACUACUAGUGGUAGUAGUGGAGAAACAUCAAUUUCUAAUCGGAAACCAUCACGACAAAGGCAGAACAAAGGAAAAAAUGUGUCAAAAAAGCAGAAAGUUGCUGCAUCAGUUCCUCCUUUUUCUAAAACGUUGGAAAGUCAUGUGAUCAUUGCAUCUGAUGACGAAGACUUUAAAAGACUUUUGAAACUAAAGUUUAAUCUGAACCAAAAUCAAAGUGGCGUUUCUUCUGAUGACAUAAGCAGAGCAGAUGUAUCUAAUUCAAAUUUCACAAACCAAACUACGGCCUCCUCCCCCUAUCUUUCACUACAAAAUGCUUCUUAUUCCUCUCCAUCACCUUUAAAAACUGAGCAGAACCGAAGUGUGCAAGAGGAAAGGUUUGUGAACGCUACUGACGUGCACGCCAUGGAAGAAAAGUCUACAACCCUAGCAAAUGUUAAUCAGUCUCAAAAUAUUACAGGGAAACUUCAAACCUGGUCUCUAAUUGCGCAUGGCAUUGAAGGGAAUCCCAAUGAUCCAGAAGAGAAAGCUAAUGGAAACGUUAGCAAAUCGACUGACACCGGAAGUAAGAGGCCAACUUCAGAUAAUGAUGCGUCGAGCAGCACAAAUAUCAGUUCCAGCAAACCACCUGCAAACGAUGACUUUGACGGAAGUGAUAAUUCGAUUGCAGUACCACUAAAUCAUGUGCACAAUUCCCCACUACCUGCCAAUUCUGAAAUGGCAGCCGACUCGUCGCUUUCGAUUUUGUCAACCUCUGUGGCUUCGUCUCCUUCGUCCUCAGCUUGUGCCAAAAUGUCUGAUCAAAAUGGAAAAUGUUUAGAAUGCUCACUUGGCCUGGCACUGUUUAACGGGAUUUGUCAGCCCUCUUGUCCCGAUGGCUACGUCAGUCAAGGUCAUUCGAGGGAAGAUGUCGGUCCUGCAGCCCUGUUGACCUAUAUUUGCGUCCAGUGUCACUACACUUGCAAAACAUGCAUUGGCCCUUCUGCGUACGAGUGCCGAACGUGUUAUGAGGAUUCGUCCCUGGCCAAUGUAGAGAAUUUCGGUCAACUGUGUUACACUUCUCAAUGGUUAAGUUACAUGAGCGAGGCGGUUAUCUGGUUUAAGCUAUUGAUAGGUUCCCUCGUAGUGAAUGUUAUUGUUAUUAUUAUUCUCAUUUACUGCAUCUGCUCCCGUCGCAAUAAUAGGGCAAGUGGCAUCGUAGGAAGAACUCAUAGUACCGGUGAAUCUCAAAGACAGUGGGAACGAGACAACCAGAUAUACACACGCAUUUCUCCCGAUGAUAAUAACCUCUCGGAAGAUGAAUUUGAAAAUCUAGAGAUAGAAUCUGAGACUGAAGAAUUCUCGACAAAUGAUGUCGAAAUGAGAAUUGGAAAAAAGUUUCUCGUCGCUGAAGAGACUAAGCAUGAUGAUGGCCUCCUUAUUAAGAAUAAGAAUUAUAAAGCCAAUAUAAAAACAUUUAAAGUUGCCCUUUCCCCUUCGCAAAUAGUUUCAAACGUCUCUUCCAAAACAAUAUCCGAGGAUAGCAUAAAGUUGGUCAAGGAUGAUGAUGAAAAUAGCUGAAAGCAAUUAUUAUAGAUUCCUAAAUUGUCAAAGAUUAGGAAUAUGUGCACUGAAAGUGCUCAGCACUAGAGUAUUACUCCUCGUAUCAUUACUUAUAGACAUAUAUGUAUACGCAGAUCGUGUAGAGACUCGUAUAUUUCAAUGACUAGAAUUCUGUAACUCGCAGUUUGAAUUAGUAUUAUUCGUCUUGUGCCUGAUUUAAAAUGUAUCAUUCCGCCUGCAACAAUUUUGCAAUGUGAUAACUUUAAAUGUGUAGACAAUAUUUUAUGUAAGCCAGCGGAUGAAAUUCCACGAUAUCAUGUAUUGUUCGCGAAUAUGUAGAUUACAGAAACACGUUGUAUUAACGCUAAAUAUUUAAACUUUUGCUGAACUUUAUCUCGCAGGUACGAGUUCAAGUAGGAGUGUCGCAAGUUCUUCAAUCAAUAAUGAUCCGCAACUUAAUUUAAACAUUUUAUUUAGGAAGUAUGUACUUCGUCCCGUGAUAAUUAAUACAGUGCCGUUGUCUCCGUGCAAAAAAAAAAUGCAUCCGUCUGGAAAUCCUGUAUCAAUUAAUUUCCCAACACUUGAAGUGUAGUGCAAUAAAACUGAACAUAUUUUAUAACCAUAACUUAUAAUGAGUAUAAAGUAAUAAUGGUGCAUAAUCUAUAUUUUUCAAUCCCAUCAUAUUAUUAUCUUGAUGCCACUGUGUUUCGUAUUUUUAAAAUAUAUACAAAUCUUCGCCUGUUUUAUUUAGUAAGUAAGUUCGAUUGGUAGUAAUUAGUAUGAUAAUCUUUGUUAACUGUUCCAACUUUAGAAAUAUGGAGAAUAACUUGCAUCAAUUUGAAUAAUAACAUAGUUUAAAUAAAUCAAUCAAUCGAUGA